AUGUCUUCUUCCCACCCACCGAGCAUCACGGACGAGAAGUCCUCAGUCCCUACAACUGGAAACAAGCCAUUUGCGGACAUCGAUUCUGGUGAAGUCGUCACUGUAGCGGACAAGGAGAUUCUGCCAGUGAAGACAUCGCUUCGAGACGCCGACGAGGCCCUGGCGUUUCUGCAGAACCAUCCACGCGCGACGGAGAUCACUGCAGAAGGAGCGGCGAUACUGGAAGAUGAGGAGACAAGGAAGAAGCUUCUCCGGAAGAUCGAUUGGACUAUCACUCCACUCCUGGCGGGGACAUACUUCUUGCAAUUUUUGGACAAGAAUACAUUGAGUUAUACGAGCGUGAUGGGAAUGAGGGAAGAUACGGGUCUGAAGGGGCAGCAGUAUAGCCAUGUGAGCAUGCUGUUCUAUAUUGGUUUCCUCGCUACCGAAUUUCCUACGCAAUACCUCGCCCAGCGCGUCUCGCGGCUGGGCCUCUACCUCGGCACAAACAUUGUGCUCUGGGGCAUUGUACUCUGCGGCCACGCGGGAACAUCGUCAUUUGCCGGGCUUGCUAUCUGUCGCACCCUGCUCGGCGUGUUUGAAGCGUGCGUGGCGCCCAUAUUGGUGUUGAUUAUCGCCAUGUGGUACCGUAAGGAGGAACAGGGAACCCGCGUCUCGUGGUUUUACGUCUGCAAUUCAAUCACCAAGAUCUUUGGAGGCCUGGUUGCCUACGGUAUCAGUUGGGCGGAGGGCUCAACGUCAUUUGCAACUUGGCGCAUCUUCUUCUUGGCUAUUGGUGCGCUGACUAUAGCCGUGGGCAUUCUGGUGUGUGUUUUCCUGCCUGAUUCGCCCGUCAAGGCGAAGAGGUUCAGUGAUGCGGAGAAGGUGGCGGCACUGAUGAGGGUGAAGGAGAACCAGAGUGGAACCCAGAAUAAACACGUCAAGAAAGAUCAGAUCAUUGAGGCUUUCUGUGACCUCCGCGUCUGGCUCAUCUUUCUCAGUGUCAUGCUCUCAUCCAUCCCCAACGGUGGCAUCUCCAACUUCAACAACAUUCUAUUGACGACUUUCGGCUACACCGACCAACAAGCCCUCAUCCUCGACGCCCCCAACGGCGCCAUCGGCAUCGUCUUCGUCCUCGGCGCCGGCUACCUCUCGGACCGGUGGAACGACCGCUCCACCGUCAUGCUGCUCUGCCUCAUCCCCACCAUCCUCGCCGCGGCCCUCAUGUACGGCUUCGUCGACGCCGCCGGCCACCCCCACAACAAGCCCGCCCUGCUCGCCGCCUCCUUCCUCUCCGGCACCUUCGGCGCCGGCUUUAUGAUCAAUCUCGCGUGGAAUGCCUCCAACAUCGCCGGCCACAGCAAGAAGGUGACGGUGAACGCGCUGACCCUGGUUGCCUUUUGCACGGGCAACGUGCUUGGGACGCAGACGUUCAGGAGCGAUGAGGCACCCGGGUAUGCGAGCGGGAAGAUUAGCAUCAUGGCGUGUUUGGCUGCGAGCUGUCUCGUGGUUGUGGUGUUGAGGCUGUACAACGGGUGGUUGAACAAGAAGAAGGAGGAGGUGCUGGCGGCGAUGGAGGAUGGGGAAAGGGAAGCAUUGAGGGAGAGGAUGGCCUUUGCGGACGAGACGGAUAGGAAGAACCCGUUCUUUAGAUAUACGCAUUAG